GAUCGUAGAGAUCUAGAGACAAAUGUAAGUCAACUCCAUCGGGAUAUGGACUCUUCUUGGCCGCAAAAGUACUCAUCCUCCGCCGCCGGCCGAAAAGCCAUUCGAGAGCUGAUUCAGGGCCGCCAACUCGCAAUCCAGCUCAGAUCAGCCCUUUGGCUGUGGCGACGCUCGAUCUUUGGCCGCCGCCAAGGACCUGGUCGUGAGGAUUUCACAAUCCUUUAUGCAGACUAUUUCAAGAAUGUUGGAGGAGCAAAGUGCAGCCAACGAGGUUUCUCAAAUUCCGGCCAACUACUCGCUUGGAAGUUCGCCGUGGUGGGACGGUUGGAACUCUGAGGGUUCCAGCGAGAAGUGUCUGAGCUCGGCCGUGGGAAACCGUACAGGCUGCCACAAGAGAAGAAGGACUGGGGAAGCAUGGACAAAGCUUACCCGAAAUUCAGUCGCCGACGGCUAUACAUGGAGGAAGUAUGGACAGAAAGUUAUCCUCAAUACCAAACACCCCAGGAACUACUAUAGGUGCACCCACAAGUUCGAAAAAGGUUGCGAAGCUAGGAAGCAGGUGCAGCAAACCAAAGAUAAUCCUCCUAUGUUCAUAACCACCUACCAUGGCCGCCACACUUGCAGGAAUAACCCCAUUCAUAAUUCUCCUCACGUCAUCAUCGAUUCUGCUCAUCUGGAACCCAACACUUCAGUCCUAAUUAGCUUUAGGUCAACCACCAGCCCAAACACGGCGCCCCCGGAGCCAUUUUUUCCGGCCACCUCCUUCAUAAAUCAACAAGAAAGCAAGGAAAAGAAGUCGAGUUGGAUUGAGCUGCCGAACCAAGCAUCGCCGUCGUCGGACAAUACUCUGCUGCCCUCACAGCUCGAUAGUGGCGGUGGAAAUGGAAAUUUCACGGCGGCGUUGGAACCAUUCGGGGCCUCGUCGGCGCUGUCCUCUGAGGAGUAUGAGGGUAUGGAUAUGGAUAUAGCUGUGGAGGACAUUGAGUUUGAUAAUUUAUUUGGAUUAAUUUGAGUCCAAGUGAAUGCUUAUUAUGAUCGGUCAGUUUUCUGUACCUCUUCCAUAAUUAAAUGUAUUGCAAAUAGUCGAGCAUGAAUUAUAUAUGCUAGUUUUACAUAUAAUCAGUCCCAAA